CUGCUCCUCGGCACGCAGCCGAGCGACAACUCGCUGCGCGAGGGCAAGUACUUCAUGACGAACGCGAACGCGUUCUGGCACAUCGUCGGCGACGCUUUGGGCUUCCGGCGGGGCUUCCACAUCGACGGCCGCGCGGAGGCCGUGGACUUCAUCCGGCCGCACUUGCUCCACGACGAAGCCGUCGACUACGACGAGGCCGUCGCGCGGCUCACGGGCGCGGGCUACGCGCUCUGGGACGCCGUCGCGGCGUCGAACCGGAAAGGCUCGCUCGACGGCGCGAUCCGCGACGCGACGUACGCGGACGUGCGGGGCCUGCUCGCCGCGACGCCGAGCAUCCGGCGCAUCUGCUUCUCC